CUCCUGGACACGGCCGAGUACGCCGAUCAGUGAUGCGGCACGCCUCGAACAUGGCACGUACGCUUUUCUUCACUCACUUCCAUGGAUUGGCGUAGUCUUUCGAACAACCUGAACAAGGGCUUCCAAACCAGCGUUCAAGCGACCAAAGAACGUCUUGGACGGGUUGCCCCGGAUGAAAUCACGGAACUACCACAAGAGUACAAGGACCUGGAGGCCCAAGUCGAUGCUCUCAAAGCUGCGCACAUGGCAUUCCUCAAGAUAACGAAGAUAUACGAAUCCGAAAGUUACGACUACCCGUCCCAAAUUCAGGAAUCCCUUGCCGAGCUUUCGACCUCCUUCGGACAGGGCAUCUCCGCUCUGCGCGGCAAACCAGCUACACCGGCAUCUACCCCAGAACAGCCGGCGCUCGUUCCGCACGCACCACCCCCGGCCCCGAUGCACAAAACGCUUCCACACGCGCUGACGCGGGCCAGUCGGUCCGCUGCGGGUAUCGUGUUAACGGCCAGCCCUGGUCAGCAGGACACCGCGCUGUCAUCUGCGCUCGAAACAUAUGCGGAUGGGAUGGAUAAAGUCGCUGCGGCCCGCGUUGAUCAGGCAGGUCCCGCAUCGUGUCGUGUCCCCCCAUCGUCCAUGACGUCUUCAAUAGGACCAAGCUAUUCGGUUAAACUACCUGCACCCUUGGCAGCAAAGCCUGACGACCUCGAUUGCGGUGGCGCUGAAAGCCCGGCAGGCUGUCCGAACCAGUCGAUUGGAGCUCGAUGGCGCCAAGCAGACGUGAGCGUCCUGCAGUGUUUCAAGCCGACAGCAAUGCUCAUUGUAUGCGUCUCCAGCCUUAAGAACGCGAACCCGUCGAGACAAGAACAGGCUCGCUUGGAAGUCGAGAAUGCUGAAGAUGAUCUCGUCCAGAAGACCGAGGUUGCGAUCCAACUGAUGCAGAAAGUGCUGCAAAAUGUGCGUAGCUACCCGAAUCCGACAUUACUUGCGUUGACUUUAGAUGAGCCUGAGCCCAUCAAGCAACUGAACGAACUCGCGAAAGCACAGUUGAUGUUCCACGCCAUUGCAGCGGAGACAUUGGCGAAUACCCAGGCUGUGUUAGAGGAAAUGAGCGCGGCUGCUACUGAGGCCUACUCUUGAAGCGUCAAGAAUCUGGACGUGGACGGACAUAUGGGACAUUUCAAGGCUUUGACCAUGAAUGUGUGAUCAAUAGUAUGAUACUGCAUGCACGUCGACUACGCGAUCACGUGCACGCUACACGAGUUCACGUGCAAACCUUCCGACUCAGAU